AUGCCGAGAGAGAUCAUCACAUUGCAGGUCGGACAAUGCGGGAAUCAGAUCGGCAUGGAGUUCUGGAAACAACUCUGCCUCGAGCAUGGAAUCAGCAAAGAUGGAAUUCUCGAGGACUUUGCCACUCAGGGUGGAGAUCGGAAAGAUGUGUUUUUCUAUCAAGCUGAUGAUCAACACUACAUACCGCGAGCUUUGCUGAUUGACCUGGAGCCAAGAGUAAUUAAUGGUAUUCAAAACAGUGAAUAUCGAAAUCUCUACAAUCAUGAAAACGUCUUUGUUUCAGAUCAUGGAGGUGGCGCAGGAAAUAAUUGGGCCAGUGGAUAUGAUCAGGGAAAGGGUGUUGAAGAGGCUAUAAUGGACAUGAUUGAUAGAGAAGCUGAUGGGAGUGAUAGUCUUGAAGGAUUUGUUCUGUGCCAUUCAAUUGCUGGAGGAACAGGCUCAGGCAUGGGUUCCUAUCUAUUGGAGACUUUGAAUGAUCGAUACAGCAAAAAACUGGUUCAGACAUACAGUGUAUUUCCUAACCAGAUGGAAACAAGUGAUGUGGUGGUCCAGCCCUAUAAUUCACUUUUGACGCUUAAACGUCUAACGCUUAAUGCUGAUUGUGUUGUGGUCCUUGAUAACACUGCAUUGAAUAGAAUUGCUGUUGAGCGCCUUCAUUUAACAAAUCCAACCUUUGCUCAAACAAAUUCUUUGGUUUCUACUGUAAUGUCUGCCAGCACAACCACUCUGAGAUAUCCAGGAUACAUGAACAAUGACUUGGUUGGUCUUCUUGCAUCUUUAAUUCCAACACCAAGAUGCCAUUUUCUAAUGACAGGGUAUACACCUCUCACAGUUGAGCGCCAGGCUAAUGUAAUUCGCAAAACCACUGUACUUGAUGUUAUGAGAAGACUUCUGCAGACAAAAAAUAUAAUGGUUUCCUCAUAUGCUCGAACAAAAGAAGCUAGUCAAGCGAAGUACAUAUCAAUAUUAAACAUCAUUCAAGGAGAAGUUGACCCUACUCAGGUUCAUGAAAGUUUGCAGAGGAUACGUGAAAGAAAGCUUGUUAACUUUAUUGAAUGGGGCCCUGCAAGCAUUCAGGUUGCUUUGUCUAGAAAGUCUCCAUAUGUGCAAACGGCCCAUAGGGUCAGUGGUCUUAUGCUGGCAAGCCAUACUAGUAUUCGCCACCUUUUCAGUAAGUGUUUGAGCCAGUAUUUGAUGCUAAGAAAGAAGCAAGCCUUUCUUGACAACUAUCGGAAGUUCCCAAUGUUUGCAGAGAAUGACCUUUCGGAAUUUGACGAAUCAAGAGAGAUACUUCAGAGUUUGGUUGAGGAAUAUAAGGCCUGUGAGUCCCCAGAUUACAUCAAGUGGGGAAUGGAGGAUCCAGACCAAAUUCUUACAGGAGAAGGCAAUGCAGCAGGAACUGUGGAUCCAAAAUUGGCAGUAUGA